CUGUACUCCCAACUCCUGAAGAGGCUGUGAUGGAAAAAUUCCUGGAGUCCUGGACUGUGAGGUCAGCCUGGGCACAUCUCACAGAAACAAAACAGUAACCCUCUAAAAGCUGUCAUUUGUAUGCUGGCAGGUUUGCCUGCAAUGAAAUUUCAUUCUUUACACUUAAAAGACAUCCUUUCUGAACUGCUGUGAAUAAAUUUGGAAUGAUACUGUAUAUUUUCAACUAAUGGAGAAUUAGCCGUGUCUUGAACAAGGAUUGCUGCACUGGACAACUUCAGAACCUUAUUCACAAUGUCAUCAAACAGGAGUCAGAAUCCCCAUGGACUGAAGCAGAUUGGCCUUGACCAGAUUUGGGAUGACCUCAGAGCUGGAAUCCAGCAAGUAUAUACCAGACAAAGUAUGGCGAAGUCUAGAUAUAUGGAACUGUACACUCAUGUUUAUAACUACUGUACUAGUGUACACCAGUCCAAUCAAGCACGGGGGGCUGGAGUCCCUCCUUCCAAGUCGAAAAAGGGGCAGACACCUGGAGGAGCUCAGUUUGUUGGGUUGGAGCUGUACAAACGACUCAAGGAAUUUUUGAAGAAUUACUUGACAAAUCUUCUUAAGGAUGGAGAGGAUUUGAUGGAUGAGAGCGUACUGAAAUUCUAUACCCAGCAGUGGGAAGACUACCGAUUCUCCAGCAAAGUACUAAAUGGAAUCUGUGCCUACCUCAAUAGACAUUGGGUCCGCCGUGAAUGUGAUGAAGGACGGAAAGGAAUAUAUGAAAUCUAUUCGCUUGCAUUGGUGACCUGGAGAGAUUGUCUGUUCAGGCCAUUGAAUAAACAGGUAACAAAUGCUGUCUUAAAACUGAUUGAAAAAGAAAGAAAUGGUGAAACCAUCAAUACAAGACUGAUUAGUGGAGUUGUACAAUCUUACGUGGAAUUGGGGCUGAAUGAAGAUGAUGCAUUUGCAAAGGGCCCUACGUUAACAGUGUAUAAAGAAUCCUUUGAAUCUCAAUUUUUGGCUGACACAGAGAGAUUUUAUACCAGAGAGAGUACUGAAUUCUUGCAGCAGAACCCAGUUACUGAAUAUAUGAAAAAGGCAGAGGCUCGUCUGCUUGAGGAACAGCGAAGAGUACAGGUUUAUCUUCAUGAGAGCACACAGGAUGAACUAGCAAGGAAAUGUGAACAGGUCCUCAUCGAAAAACACUUGGAGAUUUUCCACACAGAGUUCCAGAAUUUGCUGGAUGCUGACAAGAAUGAAGAUUUGGGCCGUAUGUAUAAUCUUGUAUCUAGAAUCCAGGAUGGCCUAGGAGAAUUGAAAAAACUGCUGGAAACACACAUUCAUAAUCAGGGUCUUGCAGCAAUUGAGAAGUGUGGCGAAGCCGCAUUAAAUGACCCUAAAAUGUAUGUACAGACUGUGCUGGAUGUUCAUAAAAAAUACAACGCCCUGGUGAUGUCGGCAUUUAACAAUGAUGCUGGCUUUGUGGCUGCACUUGAUAAGGCUUGUGGUCGCUUCAUAAACAACAAUGCGGUUACCAAAAUGGCGCAGUCAUCCAGUAAAUCCCCAGAGUUGCUGGCUCGAUACUGUGACUCCUUGUUAAAGAAAAGUUCCAAGAACCCAGAAGAGGCAGAAUUAGAAGACACGCUCAAUCAAGUGAUGGUCGUGUUCAAGUACAUAGAGGACAAGGAUGUGUUCCAGAAGUUCUAUGCAAAGAUGCUGGCCAAGAGACUUGUGCACCAGAACAGUGCGAGUGACGAUGCUGAGGCGAGCAUGAUCUCCAAGCUGAAGCAAGCUUGUGGUUUUGAGUAUACCUCCAAACUUCAACGAAUGUUUCAAGACAUUGGUGUAAGCAAAGAUUUGAAUGAACAGUUCAAAAAGCACCUAACAAAUUCUGAACCACUCGACUUGGAUUUCAGUAUUCAAGUUCUGAGUUCCGGGUCAUGGCCCUUUCAACAAUCUUGCACAUUCGCCUUGCCAUCCGAGUUGGAGCGCAGUUACCAGCGGUUCACAGCCUUCUAUGCCAGCCGGCACAGUGGCAGAAAGUUGACAUGGUUGUAUCAGUUAUCUAAAGGAGAAUUGGUAACAAACUGCUUCAAAAACAGAUACACUUUGCAGGCGUCCACGUUCCAGAUGGCGAUCCUGCUUCAGUACAACACGGAGGACGCCUACACCGUGCAACAGCUCACCGACAGCACGCAGAUCAAAAUGGACAUUUUGGCACAAGUCCUACAGAUCUUAUUGAAGUCCAAGUUACUGGUCUUAGAAGAUGAAAAUGCAAAUGUUGAUGAAGUGGAAUUGAAGCCAGAUACCUUAAUAAAGCUAUUUCUUGGUUAUAAAAAUAAGAAAUUAAGGGUUAACAUCAAUGUGCCAAUGAAAACUGAGCAGAAGCAGGAACAAGAAACCACGCACAAGAACAUCGAGGAAGACCGCAAGCUCUUGAUUCAGGCGGCCAUCGUGAGAAUCAUGAAGAUGAGGAAGGUCCUAAAACACCAGCAGCUCCUGGGCGAAGUCCUCACGCAGCUGUCCUCCAGGUUCAAGCCUCGGGUCCCCGUGAUCAAGAAAUGCAUCGACAUUCUCAUUGAGAAAGAAUAUUUGGAGCGAGUUGAUGGUGAAAAGGACACCUACAGUUACUUGGCUUAACACUUCUAGAAGGGUCUGUGGGACCCACAGAAAUUAGUUCCAGUGGAGAGGAGAGCAACUCGAGUUCAUAGCAGCCAGCCUGCCGCCACGUGGGCCUCCCUUGAUAAACGGAGUCCCGGGCUCCCAUCAGCUGGUCCCGGACUUUCAGCAGAACUGCUCAGGACUGACACAUUUCAAGUCUGUAAAUACAACACCAACGCCAUUUAACCUAAUUUAAGAACCGAGGGGAAGUGACUUCCAUGCUGAGGGCUGCAUGCGUCUGCUUUUAAAUCAAUCCCCUGGCCGCCUGGUUCCAGCUGCCACUGAGCAGCGCCUUGCGCCAGCUGAACGGACCCGCUGUGAUCUGCUAUGAAAACCCAUUUGUAUAGUGUGUUUCAUUUUUUAAUGUGUGAAAAUAAAGAAAAUUAAAGGAUUUCUGUACAAGUUGCAUUUGGUUUUGUUUUGAGUUUUGCUAAUUUCUAUAUGUAAAUAAAAGAUUUAAUGAUUGUGCAACUUU